AUGUUUGGCUCCCAAUGUAUUUCUUGGCUCGUUUUAUUUUAUUCCAACCUGGCAGGAAUUAUUCCAAUAAUUCCAGAUGCCUUGGAGAGGGAGGGAAAUUGGGAUACUCUUCUGGAGCUCCUGUGUCCUGCUCAUCCAUAGGGAGCUUCCAUGGCCCGCUGCUCGUCCUGGAUGGGUUGGAAAAUUCUGGAAUCCGCCUCAAGUGCCUCUCGGAGCGGCUCUUCUCCGAAGUCCGGGUGUUGUGGACGGAUGGGAAAGGCAGGAAUAUCACUGGGAAUCCCCUAAGCAUGGACACAGCUGGGAAUGCUGGGAGCUCCAUCGUCCUCACGCCGGGAUCUGGGAAUGCCGUGUCCUGCAGGAUCGUCGACAGCCUCAGGAAAACGUCCACGGAAUCCUCCGUCGUCAUUGCGGAGAGUUUCUUCCCGGCCAUCUCCCCCUGGCUCCCAGCUUUUGUGAUGAUCCUGCUCUUUGGAAUAUUCCUGGUCCUGGCAGCUGUUUAUAAACUCCGGAUCAACAAAAAGACGAUGGAUCGGGAAAAAAAUGCCCACAAGCAAAUUCUGGAGGACAUCGAGGACCUCAAGAUGGAGCUGGAGGAAGUGCAGGAAAAAUUCCAGAAGGAAAACCAGGAGAUGGAGUCGAAAAUCGAACAAAUCCAGGCCCAGCUGGCGUUCAGACGUGCUCAGAGCAAUGCAGUCCCGCUGACCCUGGACGAGCUCUGCAAACAUCCCGAACUCUCCCUCCGGGAUCAAUCCUGGGUCGUUUCCUGCUCUGCCACUGCCGAGCAGCUCCACCUCAAACCCGUCAUCGUGUCCAAGGAAUCCUUUUCCCAAGGGAAGCACUACUGGGAAGUGGAGGUCGGGGCCGGAUCCGGCUGGGAGCUGGGGGUGCUGGCCGAGGAGAUCCGGGAUUCCCUGCGGAACGGCGGGAUGGUCCUGCCGCGGGAGCGGGAGCAGGUGCUCAGCCUUGGCUAUUCCCGGGGGAAUUCAACAUUCCCGGGGGGGAAUUGCAGGCCCUGCCCGGUGCUCGGGGUUUUUCUGGAUCAGGAAUCCCACAACCUCUCCUUCUUCGACGUGGAAGGGAAAAGCCUCCUCGCAUCGCUGCCCUUGAGGUUUUCUGGAAAUCUCUUCCCAUUUUUCAGCCCUGGCUCCAAUGAGAAAGGGUUGGGAAUUCGCUCUGUGGGAGGUUGAGUCACAUGACCCUGUUUAAUGGGGCCGGGGGGUGAUUAAUGGGUUAAUAAUUAGCAUUAAUUAAUAAAUUUGAAAAAAGGU